AUGUUCGAAGACUUCUCCUUCACUUCGCCUUCGUCGCGCCCAGCCCAUCUAGCCCUAGAAGAUGACCGUCUGAUGGUCGACACAGACAGUCUAAUCUCACCACUGUCCUCCCGCUGUCCAUCCCCUCAAUCCCGACUCCGGAACCGCCGCAACUUCCGCUCCCAACCUCCAACUUCCGUCCCAUUCCCUUACGAAGACCACAAAGACCACAAGCGCCUCUCCAUCUCAACCCUGACUCAGAAACUCCACGAACAUACACUCGCCCCUGGCGAUCGCGAUCGCGAUCGCAUCUCCCCGGGCCUCCCAACCAACUACACAGGCUAUGUCCUCACACCACCGGACACAGACCACGACGACGAAUCCCUCUCUCCAUCCAGCCCGACAUUCCCAAUGUCGGACGCUGACGACAUCCGCUCGCGCAGACAGCACAUCUCACGGAUGCAGUGUAACGAGUCUGAAAUCGAGGCCAUGCGGAGUCUGAUCGAGGAACCGGAGGAGGAAGAGGAUUGCCACCCGAGUUCUUUGCCGCCUCGGCAUUCGCCACGUCGGCGGGCCAUGACGCUUUCGAGGAGUCGGUUCGGGCCUGAGGAGAGGAGGAGGAAGAGUUCGGCUGGGGUUUUGGCGAGUCGGGUGGAGAAGGAUAGGCAUGGUUAUGGUCAUGGUCAUGGUCAUGGCCAUGGGCCUGGAAAGAGGAUGGAUGGGUUGAGGCGGAAGAGCCUGGUGAGUGCGGCUUUGGCUUCAAUGGUCGAGAAGGAGUAA